AUGCCCUCACUCACCUCUUUCUUGAUAGCUGGCGGAACCGGUCGCCAAGGUGGUGCCGCCGUCAAUGCGCUUUUGGCCGACCAGUCGAGUUCCAUUCAACCCAAGGAUAUCUAUGUCCUGACCCGAAACACAGAAGGCGCUGCUGCUACCGCGCUGGCUACUCGCGGCGUCCAGCUCGUGCGCGGCGAACUCGGCCAACCCGACGCCAUCUUCAAGGAGCUGUCUAGCCAGGGCGUCGACCUCAGCACCACCGGCGCGUUCCUGGCUCAAGCUCACGGACCUACAGAACUGACGGAUGCAAACGGUUUCAUCGAUGCUGCCAUUACGCACGGCUUGUCGUAUUUUGUCUACUCUUCCGUCGAUCGCGGCGGCAAAGAACUCAGCGACCGCGACGCGUCCUACUGCAAGACCUUCUCUGACAAGUUUGAGAUUGAGAAUCACCUCAAAGCCGCAAGCGCAGACGGAAAGCACAUCAACUUUACAAUUCUGCGACCGACUUGGUUCGCCGACAAUGCUCUGUGGGGGUUCCCUGGAAAACUUUGCAUGGCAGGAUGGCGCGAAAACAUGAAGGGAAAGCGAAUGCAGAUCGUCGUAACCAAGGACAUUGGACGCUGGGCCGUCGAAGGUCUUUUGCGCCCCGACGCCUCCGGCAUUCGAAACACGGCCAUCAGCAUUGCCAGCGACGAAUUGACGUUCCAGGAUAUUGACGACAUCUUCCGCAAGGAGACUGGCGGCCCGGUCGGCGUCACUUAUGGCUGGCUGGCGAGGUUGAUGAUCUGGAUGGUCAAGGAUUUGCGCACCAUGUUUGCUUGGAUCAACGAGAGGGCCUAUGGCGCUGACCUGGAGGAGCUGGCCAAGACGGUUAAGCCUACCACGUUCCGCGAGUGGGUCAAGGAAAGCGUAAAGGCUUGA